GGUGAAACCACGUGUCGCGGAGCCAAUCAGAGUGCGUGGGCAGGAUCCCCCGCUCAUUUAUUGCGGACGUCGUGGUCACUGACAAGCCUGACCACUGGUGCAGCUUGUUUUCCUGUGUUGUCGCCUGCAGAGGACUUCGCCGUCUACGGAGUCACUCGAGACGCUCAGAAAGGCCAUAGAACCGUUUCAUGGACUUGGCACGAGUCGAUCAUUGCGUCAAGCAUUCUGCGACUUCGAUUGAAGACUUGGGUGGCCGAAACUUGAUUCGUGGACACUUCGUCGGUCAUCUUUUACAUGUUUUACUCCGUGAGCCAUCCGCUUCGGAAUGAUGACACCCAGGCAACAAGUAUGUCCAGUGAUAGCGCAGCACUAACUACGUCAGCACGUAUUACAGCUACUUUGACGAGGAAUACUAGCGAUGAUCAGGAGCUUCAACUUCAAUUUCGUAGUUCACUUUAGUGGCUAGUCACUGUAGAGAACACUCCGGUUUUGUAUGGAUUCAAAUCCGCGGCGGUCGUCAGCUCACUUUCUGUCUUGGCGGGAACAUCCUAGCGACCAGCGAAGCAUGAGCCGACUUCCUCCCCCCGUGCCGACUGACGAAGCGCCCAGGAAGAAACGCCGCACGCUGCGCGACGCUGAGGCAGAUCUCGAGGCCUGUCGCUCGGCACUACAGGAAGCCAAGCGCAAACUCGUGCUCACGGUCGGUAGCAGCAUCGCACCAGAAAGUCAUUGGUGCUGAACUAACUAACGAAAUAUCAAUAUUGGCAAAAAAAAAAAAAAAAAUGGGUUAACAGGCUCGAGAGAACGCUAAGAUGAAGGUGUUGCUAAUGAAAUACAUAGAGAAGGAUGAUUCACUGCUGUGCUCCAGCCAGCUCAGCGUCGGUGAGUCGAGCAGCCAGCCUACGUCAAGUGUUGUGCGAGCCUCGUCACCUAAGCCGAGUUCUCCUCCGGCCGCUGAGACGGAUACGUCGGUGCUGUCACAGUCUCCACGGGAAUACACGACAGCAGAGGAAGAAAGUGAGGGAAGUCUGUGGAAUGGCGACUUCCAGCCAAGUGGCGACGGGUUCACCGAGCCAAUUAGUCAGCUGAGUCAGAUCAGUCAGCUCAGCCAAUGGAGCGAGCUCAGCUCCACCUCCAACCUGGACGCGAUCAUCAACUUCCUCGAGACGCAGGACACGUCAGAGACAAACCGUAUGGGGGCGCUACAAGCUGAAUAUGCCAAGUUAAAGGAGCAGAAAACCGUCGUUCGCGUGGGUGUGGGCGUCUUGCUCAUGUCGAAAAAGCACCCAAACUGCGUGCUCAUCGGCCAACGCAAGGGCUCCCAUGGUGAAGGCAAAUUCGCGCUUCCAGGUGGGCAUUUGGAAAUGUACGAGAGCUGGGAAGAGUGUGCGCUCCGCGAGGUCAAGGAGGAGACAGAUCUAGAUCUGAAAGAGGCCAAAUUCGCGACAGUGACGAACGACCCGAUGGAGGACGAAGGCAAACACUACAUCACGAUCCUCAUGCAGGCUGUCGUGGACGACGAGCAGACCAUCAGGAACAUGGAGCCGCACAAAUGCGAGGGCUGGAGUUGGGUGCCGUGGGCGGAUCUGCGCUCUCGUGACGACAUGUUUACGCCGCUGUUCCACGUGACCCACAGCGAGUUUACACCCACCUUCAUCACGCCCUAACAUUCACAGCACUUGAAGGCGUAAGCAUGAAACAGGAGAAUUUGUAGUUUGUCGAUGGUUUAUAAUUUACAUGGCGUUUUACUGAUGAUACUCUUUUUUUUCU